AUGCAACUAACGCCAGUCGAACGUGCACUACGAACAAGAGUCAUCGAUCGGAUAGAGUCUUUGGUGCAACAAGUAUGGCCCAAUGCAGAAGUGAAAUUAAUUGGUAGCAACGUUUUAGGGCUAGCGUUACCAAACAGCGAUAUUGAUGUGAUGAUUGUAAAUGCUUCGGGACCCUCGCCAAUACAUCAACUAGCUGAUAAACUGAUGGCCAGUGACAUUGUCGAACCCAAUUCGAUUCAAGUCAGAGACACCCUAAGAGUACCAAUUAUUGAGUUUACGGACGACGAAAGCAAAAUCGACAUUGAUAUACCAUUGCAUGAUGCAGCUACAUUGAAAAAGGCCGCACAAAUCAAAGAAUAUCAACGCAAAUAUCCCGUUUUAUCGAAAUUGGUUCUAGUUUUGAAGCAAUAUAUGAAACUACGUGGUGUCAAUGAUGUGUUCACAGGCGGAAUAUCAUCACAUCCAUUGACAUUAAUGUGCAUCAAUUUCCUUCAAAUGCAUCCAACGUACAGAGCUGACGAAAAUCCAAAUUUGGGUGAAUUGCUCUUGGACUUUUUCGAAUUAUAUGGUAAAAAGUUCGAUUAUGAAAAUUAUGGGCUCACCAUAAGGAAUGGAGGUCAAUAUUUACCAAGAAAGGAGCUACCAUGUGGAAUAUUCAAUGGACAUUACCAGUUAUUUUGCAUUGAAGAUCCAUUGGUAUGGGUGAAUGCUUGUGAUGACGCAUAUCGUGCAUCAGAUGUGCGACAGGCGUUUAACGAUGCCUAUAACAUCCUGUCAUCGGCCAUUUCUGCCAAUACUCGAACUAGCACAAGCGAAUGUGCAGAUAACACCAUAUUGGGCCGAAUUAUUCAUGUUACGAAUGAUUUGAUUUCGUUCCGAAACUGGGUUCGAAACAACUUUGAACAUCUUCUGAAGAAAAAUUGA